AUGGCCCCAGCUGUUGAUACUAUGGCUUCAUCUUCCGCCUCCGAAAACGCCAAGUCGGUCAAGGUCCUCGAGGACCUCCUCCAGAAACUCUCCGUUUCCAAGGGAGACGAGACCGAGUACGCUGCCAAGAACCUUGCUACCUUCGUCAACGGUCCUAUCGAAGAGCACGAAGUUCCAUCGAAAUUCGUCGAUGACCUCAAGAAGAAGCUCAACAACAAGAAGGAUGCCACAGUCCGUGAGCGUGCCCUCUCGGCCAUCAAGGCCAUUGCUGGUCACACUUUGGCUCCGGCCAUCGAGCCUUACGUGAUCGAGCUUCUCGGACCUGUCCUUGUUGCCGUCGGUGACAAGAUGACCUCCGUCAAGAAACUUGCUCACGAAACCGCUCUCACUAUCGUUGAGAACGUCAACCCCAAUGCCAUCAAGGCCCUUCUCCCAAUCAUCUUCAACUCCAUCCAGAAUGCCGGAAAGUGGCCGGAGAAGAUCACUGCUCUCGAGUGCAUUGACACCCUCACUCGCAUUGCUCCUACUCAGCUCGCUUUGAGGACCCCGGACAGCAUUCCUGUCAUCUCUGAGGCUAUGUGGGAAACCAAGCCAGAGGUCAAGAAGGCUGCCAGGAAGACAAUCGAGAACAUCUGUACUUUGAUCUGCAACAAGGAUAUCGACCGUUUCAUUCCUGAGCUUAUCAACUGUAUCGCUGCUCCGGAGAACGUCCCCGAGACCAUUCACUUGCUCGGUGCCACCACUUUCGUUCAGGAUGUCCUUGCUCCAACUUUGUCCAUCAUGGUUCCUCUUCUCGAGCGUGGUCUCGCUGAGCGUGAGACUGCCAUCAAGCGUAAAUCCGCCGUCAUCGUCGACAACAUGUGCAAGCUCGUCGAGGAUCCUCAGAUCGUUGCUCCUUUCUUGCCCAAGCUCAUGCCCGGUCUCCAGAAGAACUUCGAUACCAUUGCCGACCCCGAAGCUCGCUCCGUUACCGAACGUGGUCUCGAUACUCUCAAGCGUGUUGGUGAUGUCGGUCCGGAUGGUAAGAUCCCAGAGGUCUCCAACGCUUCCGAGCCAGCUGUCUUGCUCGAGACCCUCAAGUCCAUCGUCUCCGCCAGCAACCACAACGAAGUUCUCAGCAAGUACCAGCCAGUUCUCAGCUACCUCGCCUGCAUCGCCGGUACCCUCUACGAUGAGAACUCCAACGAGCAGUUGAUCUGGUUCGAGCAUGUCGUCCCAGCUCUCGCUGCCCUCGUCGGUGAGGAUGACGCCAAGUCCAUCGUUGACACCUUCCGCAAGCGUUCCGCUCCUGGUAUCGCCGAGGCUGAGGAAGGUGAGGCCGAUGAUGAGGAAGGUGAAGAUCUCUGCAACUGUACCUUCAACCUUGCCUAUGGUGCCAAGAUCCUCCUCAACCAGACCCAUCUCCGUCUCAAGCGUGGUCAACGUUAUGGUCUCUGCGGUCCCAACGGUUCCGGAAAGUCCACCCUCAUGCGUGCCAUCAACCGUGAACAGGUUGAGGGUUUCCCACCCAAGUCCGAGGUCAAGACUGUCUUCGUCGAGCACGAUCUCGAUGCCGCUGAUACUGAGGAGACUGUCAUUGGCUGGACCAUGAAGAAGUUGGCUGAGGCUGGUGUCGAAAAGUCCCGUGAUGAAGUUGAGAAAACCAUGGUUGAAUUCGGCUUCCAACAGACUUGGUUCGAGAACCCAAUCACCUCCCUCUCUGGUGGUUGGAAGAUGAAGUUGGCUCUUUGCCGUGCCGUCUUCGAGGACCCCGAUAUUCUCCUCCUCGACGAGCCUACCAACCAUUUGGAUCGUGUCAACGUCAGGUGGCUCGAGGACUACCUCUGCAACUCCAAGUGUACCUCCAUCAUUGUCUCCCACGACUCUGGUUUCCUCGACAAUGUUUGCCAGCACAUCAUCCACUACGAGCGAUUCAAGCUUAAGCGUUACAGAGGUAACCUUAAGGCCUUCGUCGCCCGUGUCCCAUCUGCCAAGUCCUACUACGAACUCGGAGCCUCCGAGCUCGAGUUCAAGUUCCCAGAACCAGGUUUCCUCGAAGGUGUCAAGACCAAGGCCAAGGCUAUCGUCAAGGUAGACAAGAUGGAGUUCCAAUACCCAGGUACCCCCAAGCCACAGUUGAACGAUAUCUCCUUCCAGGUCUCCCUUGGAUCCCGUAUCGCCGUCAUUGGACCCAACGGUGCCGGAAAGUCUACUCUUAUCAACGUCUUGACUGGUGAAUUGAUCCCAACCAAGGGUAACAUCUACGUCCACGAGAACAUCCGUAUCGCCUACAUCAAACAGCACGCUUUCGCCCACAUCGACAACCACUUGGACAAGACUCCAUCCGAGUACAUCCAGUGGCGUUUCCAGACUGGUGAGGAUCGUGAGACCAUGGAUCGUGCCAACAAGCAGAUCACCGAUGACGAUGAGCUUGCCAUGAACAAGAUCUUCAAGUUUGAGGGUUCCCAACGUCGUGUCGUCUCCAUCUCCGGUCGUCGCAAGUUCAAGAACUCUUAUGAGUACGAGUGCUCUUUCCUUCUCGGUGAGAACGUCGGUAUGAAGGGUGAGAAGUGGAUUCCUAUGUCUACCUCCGAUAACGGCUGGAUCCAACGUUCCGAGCUCAUCGCCUCCCACACCAAGAUGGUCGCCGAUAUCGAUCAGAAGAUCGCUCUCGAGUCCGGUGCUUUCCGCCCAUUGAUCCGAAAGGAAAUCGAAAUUCACUGCGGUUACUUCGGUCUCGAUGCUGAGUUGGUUUCCCACUCCCGCAUGAAGGGUCUCUCUGGUGGUCAGCGUGUCAAGGUCUGCUUGGCCGCCGCCACCUGGCAACGACCUCACUUGAUCGUUCUUGACGAACCCACCAACUAUCUCGACCGUGACUCUCUCGGUGCUUUGUCCAAGGCUCUCAAGGCCUUCGAUGGUGGUGUCGUCAUCAUUACCCACGCUGAGGAGUUCACCCGUGGUCUCACUGAGGAAGUCUGGUCCGUCAUUGACGGUAAGAUGACCCCAUCCGGCCACAACUGGGUCCAAGGUCAAGGUAGCGGUCCUCGUAUUGAGGAGAAGGAGGCCGGUGAUCAGUUCGAUGCCCUUGGUAACAAGAUCGAGGUUACCAAGAAGAAGAAGCUCACCUCCAGCGAACUCCGAAAGAAGAAGAAGGACCGUAUGGCCAGGCGCAAGCGUGGUGAGGAGGUCUUCUCUGAUGAGGACGAUUAG